UAGAGUUUUCGAAACCGAAAAGAUCGGUGAAUAGCUUGAAAAAUUCGGUGUGUAUUGCGAUGUCGGAUAUCGGCAGCGGUGACGAGGGAAUUAAUAGUCAGAUAUCCAGGACAUAGUUAUGCCAGAGAUGCUUUACAUCAUAGUGCAGUGAAUGUGAGUCUUGUGUAGUGUUAUUUUAUAUACAGUCUUGAACCAAGAACAAAGAAAAGUGUGUGUUGUGUUACUACUAUGCUUGGAAACAAAGGAGUUGUAGGAGAAUCUGCUUUGAUGAAGAUAACCUUUGAUUAGUUUGAGCCAUCAAGAAUAUAUCUUGAAGAUAGAAAUUGCAGUAAUGGAGCCAGAUAUGGAAUAUCAUGGUCAAGGCAUGGACGCGGGAGGGAACAAUUUUGACUCCGGUCAGCAGCCACAAGAGCAGGAGCUGGCGACGAAGAUGCUGCAGAUCCAAUCGAAACGCUUCUACUUGGACGUAAAGCAGAACAGGAGGGGUAGAUUCAUUAAAGUAGCCGAAAUAGACGACCGGACCGGCUACGUUAGGAUUGGAGCGGACGGGAGACGCAGUCAAAUAUUCCUCGCCAUGUCAACAGCCGCCGAAUUCCGUGACCACCUGUCCAGUUUCAGUGAUUUUUACUCGUCACUCGGACCACCCAAUCCGGACAACGUUCCCGAUGACGGAAAACUCAAGUCGGAAAUGAUGCUUAAGGACAACCGUCGGUACUAUUUGGAUCUGAAAGAGAACUCCCGCGGGCGGUUCCUCCGUGUCUCCCAGACCAUAACACGCGGGGGGCCCCGCAGUCAGAUCGCGCUGCCGGCUCAGGGCAUGAUCGAGUUUCGGGACGCACUGACCGAUCUCUUGGAUGACUUCGGUACCGAUGAUGGCGGCUUCAAAGGAGAGCUCCCCGAAGGUCGACAUUUGCGUGUCGACAACAAGAAUUUCUACUUCGACAUCGGACAAAACAACCGCGGUAUAUACAUGAAAGUAAGCGAGAAGGUGAAGAGUAACUUCCGCACCGCCAUCACCGUGCCGGAGAAGUGUUGGACCCGCUUCAGGGACAUCCUGGCCGAUUACUGCGACAAGAUGUGCCGCGCUCACCAACAGAACGCCGAAAACCAUCAGGGCGGACCCAUACCUGGUGGUUCCGGGGUCCGGGGCGGUCCCUCGCAGCCAGCGCCCUCUUCCUCCGACAUAGACACAUUCUCUUGCAACGUACCUAAUCGGAUUUGAUGGGCGGGCAAUCCGAUCUCCUACUCAUCGCCUCGACCUUAUCCAGAGAAUUGACCAUGAUUUAACUGAAACGCCAAAAGGAGGGAUUCUCUGUUACUAAAUCUGGAGCACAACAAAAAGAUACACACUAACGAUAGAUGGCGCACGAGCAUUUUAUAUCUAUACAUAUAUGCAAUUUACUUGUCUGUAAAACUAAUUGAUUUUCUUGAAAACUCACUAAGCUUCCUUUUAAAUAGCAUAUCUCUUGAAACGACUAAGGAUUGUUAAUAUCUAUAUAUAUUUUUUUAUUAUUCUGAUUUUUUAAUGCUCGUGCGGUAUUUUGACUAAUCGCUCGUACCGUUAUUCGAUUGUAUGCUUAAUGUCGACAAGUUAAAAGUUAAUUUUGCAAAGAAACUAUGCAAGCCUAAGCAAUACUUGGUAUCGAACGAAUCGAUUUUAAAGGCGGUCGUAAUAGUGCUCAAUGAUAUUGAUUGUUUGCGAUAAAAUUGGUGUUCUUUAAAAUUUUCUAAUUUAAAAAUAUAUUUUUUUGACGCAACGAAUAGUUCCAAAAACUGUAGUUUUAGUAUAUUAAAAAAGUAUACUAAAUUCAAAAUUCGAUAAAAAAUUUAAUAUGACUUUUAAGAAAAUUAAUUUUCUAAUCUUAUCGUGACAAACAAUUGGACAUGUCGUCGCCUGUGUAGUUGGUACGUGUGUGUGUGCACUCAAUAAAAAAUAUAUUUUAAAAUGCUUGCAACACUAAAUAAAAAAUGGCUUCACACAAAUUGUCGGUUUGAAGAAUAACAAAAAUGUGUACCUUUUAAACUAACUCAAAUUUUUUUUUUAAGAUAAUAAAAAAAAAAUUUUCAAUUCUUGUCAGUGUUGCCAAUCUUGAACUUGAGAAGUUUGAAGAAUUUACAAAAUUUUGCUAAAAUUAAUUUUAUAUCUUGUGAACGACAUGGAGUUGUUCAUGUGAUAUGUAUAAUUAUGAUAUUUUUGGUCUUUUUGGGAAAAAUACAUUAUAAAUCGUCUCUCUGAGAGAAUGUAAUACUUUUUUGUGAGAAAAAUUAACUAUAGACAGCUUUGAGCUUUAUUUUUUAAAUCACUAUAUUUUUUAAUUGUCACUUAAGUUUUCAGACACUUAGUGUCUUCGAUCUGGCUUCAAAGGAACAAGGAACGCGGAAAGAUAGGGUUGCGCGUAAAUUUUUCUUAAUUUGCAGUCAAACGAUCGCCAAUAUGACCCUUGAAAUUUAUCCAGUUUGUGUGGAUAUCUGUGGUCAAGAUGACAAUGGCAGUUUUUUCUGAAGUCGAAGUGAAACGAAAUGAUGACAUAGAGGAAUUAAAAUUCCAGAUUAAGUCAUAAUUUUUUUUAAUAUUAAGGUAACAUAAUCUGGUCGGGAUUUUGAUUCGGUUACAAAUCCUGGCUUCGUCGUAUGAAACAUAAUAAAAAAACAAUGCCACUUAUCUAGUUUUAGGCGUACGUGUUUUUUUUUAUAAGAGUUAUUUAAUUAUAGUUUUUUUUUGCCUGUUUACACUUGAGACAUGAAAGGCACGGGUGUGAGCCGGGACGUUCCGCGACGUAUUGACACUUAGUGUUGUCAGAUAAUUCUUUGUUGCCAUAGAAUUUAAAUCGACUAAAAUUACGGUAAAAAUGUCUUAAAACAUUUGGAAGAUUCAAAACCAAAAUUGGACGUCACGGAACGAUAUCCUUCAUAAUAAAGCACCGGGUGUUUACAGGGAAUGUUAAUACCAAAAAACAAGACCUCUACGUAAUAAUAGCUUCAUGGAAGUUUUUAGAGGUCAAGUUGAAGUGGUAGUUCUCGAAUCAAUUAGAUAGGUGACGAGCCGCUGUGAUAUACUUGUAGGAAGGUACAAUCCGAUGGAUUUAAAAAGUUUGUUUUGGUUACGGCCGCGGCGUAUGAAGAUAUAAUUAUUGGCUGUUGGAAUGAAGGUUUUGUAAGUUUUUAAAACUAUGCGUGCAGCCUUAAUUUGUAGGAAGUUUUUUUUUUGGGAGUUUCAAAGCAAUAAUUAAUUAUUUUAUAAAAUUUAGAAAAAAAAACCUAGGUAUUAAACGUACAUUAAUGGGUUUUAGGUAGAACAUUUCUAAGCCUAUGUCUUUGAAAAGACAAUCAAAAUUUAAGUCCGCCUAAAAGUGUGGUAAAUACCGCGCCGCUCGCGGCCGAACCAAAGGGUAGGAUAAGUUUGGUUGUGUAAGCACCCUGUGUUAAUGCUUUGAGAUGGAUUUUAAUUUAAAUACCUCUAGAAUUUCAGAUUACAAGCUUAAUAAAAAAAAAAAAUGCAUAUGGCUCAUAUAAUAAACUCAUUUUUCAAUCACUUGAAAAAUUAUAGGUUUUGGAAUCUUCUUUAAGCUUGUAUUUAAAUUGAAAUGAUGAGCUGUGAACGGACUAGUCAGAUGAUUUUCGACUCUAACAAUGAGCCUUGCAACUUCACUCUCACAAAAUAAUAACGU